GUGUGGGCAGUAGAGCAGUGUCGCUGCGGUUGGCGUCCUCCGAAAAUAAAGUGCAAUAACUUUCCACGAUAAGUGCAAUAUAUAGUGCGCUUGCAAUUCUUUGCUAUACAAAAUGUCGCUAACUAUAGUGAAAUAUCGAAAAACAGCUGAUGGCGUUCUACCCAUAACACCCACAGUGAUAUUUAGACCUAAAAUUCAAGUGCAGCAACAGCAAACUGUCAAGAGGGUAGCAGGCGCCAGUAAUGCUCUCGGCAAAAUACCCGCCGGAGCUAUAAUCAAGCCGACUAUGAAACGAGCCUCUAACAGCGCCACUUCUCCAGCUUCUCCGUUGGUAAAAGCACCAAAGUAUGUGAUGCAAUCGAGUAGCUAUGGCAGCACAUCUUCUCCAACGCUAUCUUGGCAAUCGUCCACCCCGCUGGGCAACAAUAAAAAGGAAACGUUGGGAGCUGCUAUUAGUUCCCUGCCACCCAAUACGAUUAUUAAAGCAACCACCAGACAACAGCUUUCCUCGUCGAACAGCUCAUCACCGGUUCCUAGCAAUGUUAUGGGCACAGUGGCGUCUGCUCCAGCCGCAGCGCCCGCUGUUACGUCUGCCGUGCGUCAGGCGGUGUUCCUUAAACGUGAUAUGCCGCAACGCACUAUGCGCAGCAUGACUUUAGGAGCCAUUGACAUGGCAUCCACACUGCAUUUGGGUGUAUCCAGUGCACAUUUACCACUGUUGAAACGUCACAUUUGUAAAUACGCAAAUGUAUCGCAUCUGGACUGCUGCAUAACACUGCGAAAGCUACGUCUCAAUGAGCCAUUUGCACUGCUCGCCGAGUUCUUUGAAUUGAACGAGUUGGAUGUGGAUCAAAUUUUUAGAAAUGCGAUUGUCAAACUAGCUCGCUGCCUGCGGCCCUUAAUACGUUGGCCUGAUGCCAAACAUUAUUCCGAGCGCUUAAAGCAUAUGCCCUUGGCGUACAGAGCGAACUUGUUGCAUGUGCGAUCAUUGAUUGAGUGCGUGGAGACUGAGUUGAGCGAAAAGUUAAAUUUUGGCUGCGCCAGCUACAAGUUUAUUUUGUGUCUCAAUACAAAUGGUGUUAUAAGCUAUGUGUCGGACACCUAUCGAGGCGACUGCGAUGAUCUACAAUUGUUUGAGGCUACCAAUUUCAAGGAUAUUAUUCCCAAGUAUCUCACACUCUGCGCAGAGCCGGGUAAAGCCGUCAAACGCUUGCCUAAGCCUAAUGCAGAUGACGGCCUAACAGAUGAAGAGUAUGAAGCACAGGACGAACAGGAGCCCAAACAAAUGCUGAGCAAAUAUGAUGAGCAUCGCCUGGCCGGACAAUUGGCCAACACGCAAUCGUUGUCCGUUUCCAAUGGCGCGUUAACCUCAACUCGUGUACCGCAGCUGCAGUUGCCCACGCUACGCGUCAAUGAACCCGCAUGUCGUGCACAGAUGCGGCAAACAAUUGACACACUGCGAGAGUUCAAAAUGCUCGAUCACUGUGCGAUGCAGCAUGCUCCACUGCUGGGCUAUCUGAAUGAGAUGCUGAUUGUGGCUGCAGCACUAUGUAAUUUGCAGCAGCAGUAGCAGUAACUGUAGAAAAGUUUAGCUUAAUUUAAAAACACCUGUUUUAAGGUUGUUACACUCGCAAUUAUGUACACAAAUUGUUAACUAUACAAAUGAAAUUUUUGAUACUAAAACUUGUAUUUAGCCACUAGUAGUAACUGUAAAUUGCAAUAGCAACAACGCAAAUACUUUCACGUGUCUGCUGCAAAUUGUUAGCAUAGCUCCUAAUUUGUAGUACCUCUUAAUUGUUUAGCGUGAAGCUUGAGAGCUUUGUAUUCCGUUUGCCAAGACUACUUUGAGAAUAUGUUAUGAAGGUUAACAAGUUAAACAGGCUUCACGACACUCGGCUACAAAUUUGAUAAUCUAACUUUUGCGCGAACUUUUUACUUGCCGUAAAGAUAUUAUAUUUGGUGUAGCCAAUAGAUGUUUACAUUUAUAAAGUGUAUCCAUCUAUUGAAUAGUAUGACUAACCUUAUAAGAUUUCCGCUAGGGUUUUCGGCAGAAACAGGUUGCUCUAAUUGUAGAUGUUGCCACAGCGAUUGCAAUUGGUGACCUCUGCAAUUUGAAAUUGUUGGUCUUUAGCAACUAGACCUUGCUAAUAUAUAUGCACACGUGCAUUUGUUUCGGGGACUCCGUAUUUUAUUUUCAUAACAUUUAAUUUAUUUCCUAUUUUCAUGGCUGUUACAAGUUGCUUGAAAUGGCCGUCGACUGAUGUGUUUUAAAUCUAUUUGUGCAGCUGUUUGAUGCUUUGUUUGUUCGUCGCCACUGCCGAUCGCACGUUUAACAGCUGUCAAUACCCUCACUCGCCAAUUCACUUAAAUUUAAAAUAUGGCAUAUUAAAAAUAGUGUUUAGAGUUAAGGUUAUACAACUUUUCAGUAGUUUAUUUGUGAGCCUUCGAUACUCUAGCCUUCAAGCUAAGCUAACUCACGGAAACCCGAAUCAGCUGACUAACAUUGGGUUUCAUUCAAGCGUUAGCUGUUCUCCCUUUUUUAUAUCGCAAUCAGCUCACAGCUCUAAUCUGAGCUUCGCUUAAUACUAAGUUUCUGCAGAAAACCUUUAUCCAGAUAAUUUACAGCAUCAUUCAUUGAAUCCUGGUCAAUCGACACUAAGUCCUGUAGGGCCUCUCAUCCAUCCUUACCUUUUUCCUUUUUACAGCAGCAGCUUAAUCAUUAAUCAUUAGCAGGCUAUCAUAUCAAUAAUUCGUAUACUUAGCCGUUUUUCUAAAGGCCCCUUAUUUCAGAAAUUUACACUCUAGUCCUUUGUGUACGCAGAAUUUAUUACAAACGGGCCAGAGACACCU